CCUGCCUUGUGUAUAGUAUUUAAAGCAAGGAAGGCUGGUCACCCCGCACAGUCGGCCUUCCCUCUGGGACACGCCCUCGGUCAACAGAGGAAAUCCGGCAAGACACCCUCCCAUCUCCGAUCCAGACCUUCCUACAGGCAGAAAGGUGACACCAGGAUCCCUGCCUCACACACAGUGGCAAAUAUGCCUCCUCAGCUGCAUAACGGGCUAGACUUCUCUGCCAAGGUUGUCCAGGGCAGCCUCGAUAGCCUGCCCAAGGCGGUGAGGGAGUUCGUGGAAGGCAAUGCCCAGCUGUGCCAGCCGGAACAUAUCCACAUCUGUGACGGCUCUGAGGAGGAGUAUGGGUGCUUGCUGGACCACAUGCAGGAGGAGGGUGUCAUCCGCAAGCUGAAGAAAUAUGACAACUGUUGGCUGGCUCUGACUGACCCCAGGGAUGUGGCCAGGAUCGAAAGCAAGACGGUCAUCAUCACUCAGGAGCAGAGAGACACUGUGCCCAUCCCCAAAACUGGCCUCAGCCAGCUGGGCCGCUGGAUGUCAGAAGAGGACUUUGAGAAGGCUUUCAACACCAGGUUUCCAGGGUGCAUGAAAGGUCGCACCAUGUAUGUCAUUCCAUUUAGCAUGGGACCACUGGGCUCGCCUCUGGCCAAAAUUGGCAUUGAACUGACAGACUCGCCCUAUGUGGUGGCCAGCAUGCGGAUCAUGACACGGAUGGGGACAUCCGUGCUGGAGGCCCUGGGCGACGGGGAGUUUAUCAAGUGCCUCCACUCGGUGGGGUGCCCUCUUCCCUUAAAAAAGCCUUUGAUCAAUAACUGGGCCUGCAACCCCGAGCUGACCCUGAUCGCCCACCUUCCGGACCGCAGAGAGAUCAUCUCCUUUGGAAGUGGAUAUGGCGGGAACUCGCUGCUUGGGAAGAAGUGCUUUGCACUGCGGAUAGCCAGCCGGCUGGCUAAGGAGGAAGGGUGGUUGGCAGAACACAUGCUGAUCCUGGGUGUAACUAACCCUGAAGGCAAGAAGAAAUAUCUGGCAGCAGCCUUCCCUAGUGCCUGUGGGAAGACCAACUUGGCCAUGAUGAACCCCACCCUCCCCGGGUGGAAAGUCGAAUGUGUGGGUGAUGACAUUGCCUGGAUGAAGUUUGAUGCCCAAGGCAACUUAAGGGCUAUCAACCCAGAAAAUGGUUUCUUUGGAGUUGCUCCUGGCACCUCCGUGAAGACGAAUCCCAAUGCGAUUAAGACCAUUCAGAGGAAUACCAUCUUCACCAAUGUGGCUGAGACCAGCGACGGGGGAGUUUACUGGGAAGGGAUCGAUGAGCCGCUGGCCCAGGGUGUCACCAUCACAUCCUGGAAGAACAAGGAGUGGAAGCCACAGGAUGAUGAACCCUGUGCCCAUCCCAACUCGCGAUUCUGCACCCCAGCUGGCCAGUGCCCCAUCAUCGACCCUGCCUGGGAGUCUCCAGAAGGUGUGCCCAUUGAGGGCAUCAUUUUUGGUGGUCGUAGACCUGCAGGUGUCCCCCUUGUCUACGAAGCUCUCAGCUGGCAGCAUGGAGUGUUUGUAGGAGCGGCCAUGAGAUCAGAGGCCACAGCUGCUGCAGAGCACAAGGGCAAGGUCAUCAUGCAUGACCCCUUCGCUAUGCGGCCCUUCUUUGGCUACAACUUCGGCAAAUACCUAGCUCACUGGCUGAGCAUGGCCCAGCGCCCAGCAGCCAAGCUGCCCAAGAUCUUCCACGUCAACUGGUUCCGGAAGGACAAAGACGGCAAGUUCCUCUGGCCGGGCUUCGGCGAGAACUCUCGGGUGCUGGAGUGGAUGUUCAACAGGAUUGAAGGGGAAGACAGUGCCAAGCUCACGCCCAUUGGCUACAUUCCUAAGGAGAACGCCCUGAACCUGAAAGGCCUGGGGAACGUCAACAUGGAGGAGCUGCUAGGGAUCUCCAAGGAGUUCUGGGAGAAGGAGGUGGAGGAGAUCAGCAAGUAUCUGGAAGACCAAGUCAAUGUUGACCUCCCCUACGAAAUUCAGAGGGAACUCCAAGCCCUGAAACAAAGAAUCAGCCAGAUGUAGUACUAACUGGGGGGGUCUUUUGAGUCACCGCUUCCCAGCACUGGGAGUCAGGAAAAAGCCAGCCUGCCCCAGCUUUGAGAUAGCUAACACGAGGCUGAGUAGAUCAGAAGGGCACCUUUAGUAGUCAAAGGAGUAGCACAGAGGACAGGCGAGGGGCAAAUGAGGUGGGUGGGGAAAUCACAGCACGCUCUCCAAAGUUUGCUCUGACAAUGAUGCAGGUUUUGGUUCCACUUCAAGGUCACUCAGGAAUUCAGGUUUUCACUUUAGCUGUAGAGGUUAGCGCAAAUGCACAGAAAACAUACUUGAGUUGUAUAUAUAUGUGUGUGUGUGUGUGUGUAUGUAUGUGUGUGUGCGUGUGUGUAUAUGUGUGAGACAUGUGUGCCUGUCUGUCCCAUUGUCUACAAAAUAUUUAAUACCCUUGGGGAAAUCUUGGGCAAGAUUAUCUGCAGUUGUAACUAGAGAUAUGUGUUGCUUUGUUGCUAGUAUGUAUGUUUAAGUUAUUUUUAUACACUGCCCUUCCUUACUUUUCUUUACAUAAUUGAAACAGGCAUCCUGACCACUUCUUGGGGGAAAAUUGCAAAAUAAACUUUUAUAGAAAAAGUGAA